CCUUCUCUUCUAAAAUGAGGCUGUCACUUCUUGCAGGUGACCCCAUUCUUGCGAUAUGUGUCUUGUUCCAUGGCUGUACCUGCAUGAAAAUAAUUGGAGGAAAAGAAGCUGGAUUGAAACCCUACAUGGUGGCUUUAUAUUUGUACAAUGCAGAUCAGCAGAUACACCUGUGUGGGGGGACACUGAUAGAACGGGACUGGGUUCUAACAGCAGCUCACUGUGAUCAGGGUGGAAUAAUAAAGGCUUAUCUUGGAACUAAGCGUAUAGGUCAAAGCAACAUGAAGGCCACAGAGGUGGUUCAGAAAAUUCAGCAUGAAAACUACAAUAGAACUCACAGCAAUGACAUCAUGCUUCUUAAGCUAAAAAAACCUGCAGUUCUAAAUAACAACAUACGUUUACUUGGCCUACCGGAAAAUAAUGACGAUGUGAAACCUGGAACACUGUGCAAUGUGGCAGGGUGGGGACGGACACUGACCCUCCUUUAUUCUCCAACACUUCAAGAGGUGAAUGUGACUGUCAUUGACAGAGAGACGUGCAACAGCAAGGACUAUUAUAAUCAUGAUCCAACCAUAACUGAGGAUCUGCUGUGUGCUUGUAAUAAAACAGGCGGGGGAGACGCAUGCCAAGGGGAUUCUGGCAGUCCUUUAGUAUGUGAAGGUAUUUUCAGGGGCAUAGUUUCUGGUGGAGAGGGCUGUGGCUUAGCAAAGAAACCUGGAAUAUAUGUAAACCUGAAUAAGAAAUAUGUUACAUGGAUAAAAGAGAAGAUCCGUCGUCAUAACCACCAGGAAGAGUCUGGAAAUCAAGUUUAAA